AACCUGUCUGUUUAUAUUGUUUACUUAACCACGUGUCUUGUUUCCCAAACCCCGCCCCUCUUUUGUCUUUGGCCAAUCACAUGACUCAUCCGACAGCGGAAACAUCUGAGGAAGCCAAUCCGUGCGUUGUCUUGUAUCGUCACUGGAAAACAUGGCGGCGYGCAUUACUCGUCCUGUGAGAGGUCUUCUUACGCUAAGGAAUGGCCGGCUCUUGCCCACAGUCUGGCGGUUGUAUACUGAAGCAUGGCRUUAUCACCAUCACUCGACAGGCUCCUCGCUGUGCUACAUCCCCCGUAGGGCAGUUCUCUACUGCCCUGGCAAUGAUGAACGAAAAUUGAAGAAACUAGCCUUGCUUGAUGUCGACUGUGCCGUGUUGGAUUGUGAGGAUGGUGUGGCUCUCACCAAAAAG